UUGUCAAAACAAAAAAGCUAGGAAAAAAGUAGUGCUUAAACACUGAAUAAAAUCUUUAACUUCUCUAUAAACUACUGUUGUAAAUAAAUUAAAAUGUUAAAUAAAGUUUUGUUAUCAACAGACGUUACACUAGCUUGUGUUCAGCAUGCACUAUCAACUGAAAAAGAAGAAAUAAUGGGAUUGCUAAUAGGCGAGGUUCAUGAAAACAAUUCGUUGGUGUCUAUAGUCUCCUCUGUAAUAUUACGACGGCUGGAUAAAAAGCCCGACCGUGUUGAGAUAUCCGAAGAACAGUUGGUACAAGCUACUCUUAGAGCGGAAGAGCUUGCAGCAGAAGUUGGACGUCCGCUUAGAGUUGUUGGAUGGUACCAUUCACACCCUCAUAUUACUGUGUGGCCAUCACAUGUUGAUCUUGCCACACAGUCAAUGUACCAGCGUAUGGAUUCAAGUUUUGUGGGUAUUAUAUUUGCAGUGUUUCUCACAGAACAGACAGCCAAGGCACCUUCGAUACAGAUAACAUGUUUCCAAUCAGUCAAUGAAGGGUCAAGUCAAAGCAGAAGGGAAAUUGAAUUAGAAAUAACCAACAACAAUGAUUCUUUAACGAUAAAUAACUUUGAGAUAUUGACCCAAUUACCAGCAAUACUAAAGGAGGAGGAAGAUGAAUCUUACAUAAAUGAAGCUGGACAAUGUGAUACUGAUAUCAUUACUAGGCAACACAACUCUGCAGUCCUGACUAUAGCUAUAGGACAUAUUGUGGAAAAGAUUUCUAGGCCAAUGCUGGAAGCAUUGGUGGCACGAAAUGCUCUUCACAGUGUUCGCUUACGUGCAUUAAAAAAACGGCAUCAAGAAUUGAUGUCUAUGUUGGAUAACAUGUCAUGUAAUGUUUAAGUACAAGUAUUUAAAAUAAAAAUUAAUUGAAAUCAAAUGAAA